GAGACUGCCGAUAUAAACCGCGCCGUCGACGCCGCAUCACCUUAUUUUUAAACAGGCCCAAGUACAUUCAAUACAUAUUCAUCAAUUUUGGAGCAGUUUUUCGAAAAUCGUUGUUCUCGUUAGUGAUUUUUUACCCUGCAAGUGAUAAUAAUCUUACAAAAUGCAAGCGGAGUGUGUUGAACGUGUCUUCAUGGACUCUCCGUUGAGUGCAAAGGUUGCCCUUUUCAAUCAGCAGGCCAAUAAGCAUCUCAGGAAGCAGGCAGUGAAUCCAUUCUCUAAUGGGAAAUGUGUUGGAGGAAUGCCAAAACCUCAAUUCUCAAAGGACGAGUAUGGAAAGCCGGCUAAAGGAUCGCUGUCGGAAAGCAGGGCUUUCAAAGCGACGAUCGAAGUGUGCAAGGAGAUGCUGGAAUGUUGCGAGAUCAUCAAUCAGUACGGGGAACCACUGUUCGAUCCGUCCGAGAAGCAGGACGAUCCUAGGAAAGCGAUAAGCUUCGGAACGAUCUUCACGAUUUACACUGUGAUUUCGGACAAGUUAGUGGGAAUGUUGCUCAGGGCAAGGAAACAUAAAUUGGUGGAUUUCGAAGGAGAAGUUCUCUUCCAAAGACGAGAUGACCAUGUGCCCAUCAUUCUCCUGAAGCCGAUCGCCGAAGUCAGAGCAAUUUUCCGGGAGAAAAUCGAUGCGGCGAAAGCUGCGCUCAAAGAGAAUGAGGAAUGCAGCGAAAAUGGAUAUUGAUUAAUGUGCAUACAUCGAUACAUGCCAUGGACCAUAUUAUUUAUUUAUUUAAAAACUAAAUUAUUACGAGUGAAUGCAUGAUAUAGUAUGACUGACUGACUGACGUAUGACCUUACUUUUGUUUUAUUCCAUACGAAAAACUCUAAUUGACUUUUAUUUUUUUUUAUUAUUUGUAUUUGUAUUAUUUGAUUUAAGAACCAAAACUAUCGGACACAUAUCAUAUGUUUAGUUUAAGGGAAUGUCACAAAUAUCCCAGUUUGCAUUUCGAAUAUACACAUAA